UCCUUCCUGAAGAAGGCGGUGGACCAGAAGAACCGAGCCCUGGCCAGCCUGAACCAGGUGAUGAACGUGAGCGCAGCUUUGCUGUCCGGCCAGGAAGGCCAGAAGCCCAUCGCUUGCACUGUCACUGCCAACUGGAGCUGCCUCCUGCUCCAAGAUACCGUCACCAUCUCCUGUCUGCUGGAGAACUGCAGCGAGUACAGCCUGGAGGAGGGCUGGACCCUCUGCGUCCAGCUCCUGGCCAGCCCCUGUGCCUUAGAGGAGGAGUCUGUGGACUCGGCCACCACCUUCACCUUCCCCAUCGAUCAGCUCCUUCCUGGCAACAAGAGGGAACUGACGGCGGACACCAAGCUGGACCUGCCUCUGACCAUCUCCUGUGCCCUCUACUACAGUUUACGGGAUAUUUUGGGCAGCGGCUCCGACUCCUCCGAGGCCCUGGAUGACCUCCUGCCGGACGACUCGCCCAUCCUUUCCCCGGACAGAGAGGGGAUCUGCCUGCCCCUCAGCGAAUGCACCAUUGACAUGCUCCAGUGCCUCCGUUUUGAGAGCAGCCCGCCCGGGCCAGAUGUGCCCCCGCCAGCAGCUGCCCCCCCCGACGUGGAGACCUUCCUCAAAUUAUCCGGGGAGCAGACUGAACCCGGGGGGGUGACAGCCAGCGAGCUGCCACACGCCCCGGGAGAGGAAAACCUGCCCCCCUCGGCAGCGUCCAUCAGGGUGUCCUCGGAGCUGCUGAAAACCGCACUGAAAACCUCCGGCUCAGAUGUCCCGCUGAGCUGUGCCACGCUGCGCUGGCUGCUGGCUGAGAAUGCCGGGGCCGAGGCGCUGAGCAGCAGGGAGGUGGCAUCAGUCCGUGGCACGGCGCCGGACGGAGGCGAGGUGCACCUGCUUGUCCGAGAG